AAUUGCAUAAAAUUACAAAACAAUUCAGAAAUUGAGGUAAGUAUACAACAUCUAAUAGAGUUGAAUAUAUUAUAUAUUGGGAUUUGAGUACUUUUCUCAUCGAGGCGACAAUGAGGCAAUAUAUGCUAGUUAUUUCUAAAAAGUUUUUAAAUUUUAGAGAUCCGAGAAAUUUGACUAAACACAUUAUUCAUAUGCAAGAAAUCAAGAGCAUUAAACAUUUGGAACUUGAAAAUUAUUGUUCUUUGUUAGAAACACCAAAUUUUGCUAUGAUGCCGAACUUGAAUCAAUUACGACUUUCAAAGUGUGAGAAAUUGAAAGAGAUCCACCCAUCUAUUGAAAAUCUCACGAAACUUGAAAAGUUGUAUAUUCAUGGAUGUAGUACCCUUGAAAAGCUUCCCAACAUUAACAAGGAAAUGAAGCGCAUUACGAAAUUCGAUCUUAAAAAUUGUUGUUCUUUUUUAGAAACACCAAAUUUUGCGAUGAUGACGAACUUGAAGAAAUUACGAAUUUCAAAGUGUGAGAAAUUGAAAGAGAUCCACCCAUCUUUUGAAAAUCUCACGGAACUUGAAAAGUUGUGUAUUGAUGGAUGUAGUACCCUUGAAAAGUUUCCUAUCAUUAAUAAGGAAAUGAAGAGCAUUACACAUUUGGAACUUGAAAUUUGUUGUUCAUUGUUAGAAACACCAAAUUUUGCUAUGAUGCCGAACUUGAAGCAAUUAGGACUUUCAAAGUGUGAGGAAUUGAAAGAGAUCCACAUAUCUUUUGAAAAUUUCACGGAAUUUGUAAUAUUGUAUAUUGAUGGAUGUAGAAUCCUUGUAAAGCUUCCUAACAUUAACAAGGUAAUAACAUCUACAUAAUCUCAAGCAUCAAAAUUGUAUAAAAUUACUAAAAAUUCAGAAAGUAAGGUAAGUACACAACAUCUAA